AUGGGCCUCUUCAAGGCACGGACAGGGGACGCCACAACCUUGCCGAACCCAAAUUUCUCUCACCAAGAGCCUGUCCACAGCGGCACGCCGAUUCAUGCGGAAUCUGAAGAGGGCCCGCAAAAAUGGCCAGAUGAUAAUAGGAGCUAUUGCGAGUCGUCUCAUAAACCGGCCUCGCCCGCACGGUCACCCAGACCUUCCACGACUGAGAGCGCCCUCAGCCCUCGCCAACAACACGGUCCUUACCUUUCUCCAGGCCUGGAUGCCACUUCUGCCGCCGGACGGCUUAGACAAUUCGAUCAGUCGGGAUACAGCAGGUCUACCAAUCACAUUAGCUUGGAACCCAGGAUUGCGACUACGAAACCUCUGGAAGGGCGAAGCUACAAGCAAUAUCACAUUCCGAUCCCACGCGAAGUACCAUCACCGGCAUCGCUCCCCAAACAAAUGGCGACCUCAUCCUCACUUGCACCACCCUUUCCCAGCGCGGGCGACCCAACCGCUCUAAUCGGCAUGGCACUUGGCAGUCCGAGCCACCCUCCUGGGUCCGCCGAUGCUCCAUGGCACAUUCAGACACUCACGACGGUGUCUUCAGGGGGUGAUGCCACGGAACCCGCUGCUAACCCCAAUGGGCUGUCAAGGUCGAUGUCUAAGAGGUGGAAUCCGUUCAGCAGGACGAAGUCAAAGAGGUCCAAGCCGGCGGAUGGCUCACUUUCACGAGCGGUGGACACGGACUCAAAGAAGAGUUUUGAUGUUGGAAGCCGAGUCCAUCUGGUGAAGCAUGCCGAUCCUUUGGGAAGUCACAAGGGCAGCUCAGUCAGCUUAUUGAAGGAACCGGUCCCAACCGUCCAUGUAUUGCCAGAGCCACGAGAGGCAGCGGUGCCGACACGAGAAGCCCCUGCGCCACCACAGCUUCAAUCGCUCCUGAGUAUCGAGAUUCCGACUGUGGAAAUGGAGCGGUACAGCAUCAUGUUCGGAAGCAUUCUCCAGAAGCAGCAGCCGCUAUUCCCCCAAUUUCUACAACAGUCAUCGCUGCCUCCAGUGCAGCAAGAGCCGCAAGAGCCACAAGAGCCACAGUUGUUGGCACCCAAAGCACAAUAUCCUGAGCCCCCUCAGCGGCCUGCGCCAGUACCGAAGCCACAGCAAUCAAGGCAGAAGGAAUCAGAGAGUCCCCUGGAGCAGUCACAGCGGCCGAGCUUGCCAGACCGACGGCAGGUCAAAGUGGACAAGCUCAACCUGCCCGCUCUCAAGCAGUAUCGGGACGGCUCUGUGCCUUACGAGAUAGUAGUACCGCGAAGAUCGACAUCGCCUUUACCAGCCAACUCAUCAUCAGUUCCCGACUCUACCCCUGAUCAGGCUCCUCCUCCUGCAAACAGCAACCUCCCUCCUCGGGUUUCCUCGCGGGCCCGAUCCAACACUACCACAGCAGUGGCCAACUUUCCGAACCCCGCCAUGAACAAACCACAGUCGCAAACGAGGAAGAGAACGUCAUCUGUUUCUACUCCUUCUCGCGCCGAACCCUUGCCCGCAGACGCCGAACCGAUGCCAGAGCGACGCGAGCGUCUCAUCUCCAAAUUUCACCGAAAAGAAUCACUAUCCGAGCCCGUCAACCACAAAGUCACCCAAUCGUCCGAAUCUCUUGUUCCUGCUCCUACAAACACACCACCCCAGCCUCGCUCAAUCCUCAAGAAGCCAACAGCACCUCCCCCGCCUCCUCCCUCCAACCGCUCAGCCGAGCACAUUGCGCCUCCAAAGCAGCACAAGUCUAAGCCCUCUGAAGCGUCUACUCGAAGCGAAAUAGACGAGGAGGUGGUCGAAAAGGCUCUGUACGAGGCCGUGGAGAUAUCCAUCGCGCGCCAGAUUAGCGUCUCAAGGCAACAGCGGAAAUUACUGGUGCCCCUCGACCGUUCAGCGUCAAGGAGGGCCGCGGGCUCGCCAGACGCGGCUGCGAGGAUCAACCUGGGCAAGAAUAAGAGACUCAUUGAGACGAAGACCGUGGUGCCGGUCUUGGUUCAUCCGGAUGGUGAGACGAAUUUUCCCCAUGGGGGAUCUCGAAAGAGCUCGCGCGUGGUACUCGAGAGGGCAUGA